AUGUUGCGUGUGGGGUCGUGGCUGUACGGGAAGAAGGCUGCCAACGCCUCAACCCAAUCGCUAGACUCGCUGGUCGAGUUGAAGGAUUUGGAGGAGGCUAUGAGAGCCGCGACUUUCAUUUUGAAUGACGAUGUCGACAGUGCCGAGGCUGGCCUCGCCGAGGGAACAUCGACCUUUCACAAUCUCGGAAGGGGCAUGGUGGCGUUCGUCCGAGCCACCCUCGGCUUCGAACAAGAGUUUAUGCGCCAAGCGUCCGAGCGAUUGAGUGAAGCAGAGUCGUCGGCGGCCAGCGACCAACAACGAGCUCAUCACAGAUCCCAGGCUCCGAAUUCUUACCGCUCCGAGAUCUACGCACCCGGGAGCGAAUAUGCAUUGUGCCAGGCAAUCGCCCAGCUGAUGGGUGCGGUCGUGGGUGUUCUCAACGAGAGCCUUACCGAAAGUAUCAAGGGGUUCUAUCGCAUGCGAAAAGCUUAUAUUGCGCUAGAUGCGAUCUUGAAAAUGGAGGCCAGCUUCAUGGAAAAGAAUGAAGCUAGGCGAAGCCUCUUGAAGAGCUCGAAGGGCCUAUCCAAGACAAGCCUUACCAGUCCUCACGCUAAGCUUGCGCGUUCGGCGAGUGACCUGUCCGGCAAAGCGACUCCCAUUUCCGUGGGAUCCCCGCUGGCUGAGGACGUCCUGUCACCCGGAUUGUCCGAGUUGGAGAUCAGCGCCGACGCAGACAUCGCGUCUGGCCCAUCCACACCGGGCACCUCCACGCCCGGUGCAUCCAAGAUCAUCAAUCAUGAUCCUGAUUCGGACAUCUUCCAAAAUGAGAUCGACACAUUUGUGCAUUCAGGUGCGAACUUCUGCUUCGGCAUUCUGUUGCUCUUGAUCUCCAUGGUUCCUCCUGCCUUCAGCAAGCUGCUCUCGAUUAUCGGAUUCCACGGUGACAAGCAGCGAGGCUUGCGAAUGCUGUGGCAAGCCAGCAAGUUCCACAACAUCAUCGGAGCCAUGGCAGCGCUGGCAUUGCUUGGGUAUUACAACGGAUUUGUACGAUAUUGCGAUAUUAUGCCGGAUCCGAUUCCAGGGGAAGAUCUGGAAAUCUACCCUCGGGAGAAAUUGACGGAGUUGCUUACCGAAAUGCGGUCUCGCUUCCCCAAUAGUAGACUUUGGCUUUUGGAGGAGUCGCGGAUGAAGGGCGCGAACAAAGACCUGGAUGGUGCGUUGGAUACGCUUUGUGAUGGCUCUAGCAGCGCACUCAAGCAAGUCGAGGCAUUGUGUGUGUUUGAGAAGAGUCUAAAUGCUCUUUUCCUGCACAAAAACAACGUGUGCUCGUCUGCUUUCAUCGAGUGUGUGGAACUCAAUUCGUGGUCUCGAUCACUGUACUACUAUAUUGCCGGAUCUUGUCAUGUGGCAGAGUACCGUCAACUUCUUCGUAGCGAUCCUAAGAAGGCAGAAGAACACGCUACUCAAGCCAGAGAGUAUAUCCGCAAAGCUCCUCCGUUGGCUGGCAAGAAGCGAUUCAUGGCGCGCCAGCUGCCCUUCGAUGUCUUUGUUACGCGCAAGAUUGCCAAAUGGGAGGCCCGCGCCAAGGAAUGGAAGGUUGAUCUCAUUGACGCCAUCGGCGUGGACCCAGUCGAGGAAAUGAUCUUCUUUUGGAAUGGUCACAGUCGCAUGACACCCAGCCAACUGGAAGAUUCUCUUGCGCGCCUGGCUUGGUGUGAAAGCAGUGAGAACAAGACUUGGACUCGCGAGGGACAAGAAGAUAAAGCGAUUUUGGGGCUCUUGAGAGCAGCGGUGCUGCGAUCUUUGCACAAAUACGACGAAGCCAAAGAGGUUCUUCAGACCAAAGUACUUCCACACGACAAAUCCAUCUUCAAGGGUCAUUUGAAGGACGACUGGGUUCUACCCGCGGCCCAUUUCGAGAUGGCUGCGAAUGUCUGGAUGGAGCGUCCAACCUACCAGUCCUUGCAUAAGCUCUCAGAGAAGCCCACGGACCGACCAGCGGAGCGCAAAUUGGUGGCGACCUGCAAGGCGCAUCUGGACCACGCAGCGCGCUGGGAGAGCUAUGAGCUGGAUGCGCGUAUCGGUCUGAAGGUCACGGCCGCUAUCGAAGCUGUUCAGCAAUGGGAGACUCUGCAUCCUGCCAACUAA